AUGACUCAUUUUUAUCCUGAUCCAUUCUUGCAUAGUAUACGAUCAAAUAUGACAGAAGACGUAACGCCGACUCCAAUCAUCAUAACUUCUAUUGAUCAAUUACUAGGUGAUAUUGUUGAAAAUUGGACGCCUCGUCUUCAUCCUCUUGCUAAUCCACAAUAUCACAUACUUCAAGGUCAAUAUUGUCGACUUGAAUUACUCAAUUCAAAAACUAAUAAUAAAACUAUUCAACAACUUUAUGAUGCAUUUAAACCAACAGAAAAAACUCAUUUUACUUAUUUAUCAUAUGGACCAUUUAAAACAAUUGAUGAGUUUAAAGAAUUUAUAAGUUUGAAAGAAUUAUCAAGUAGUGAUACUAUUCUCUAUAGUAUUCUAGUUAAUGAUACUGCCGUUGGAUUUAUUGCUUUGGCAAGCGUCAAUCCAGAAUAUGGUACAAUUGAAAUAGGACAUGUGAAUUUUAGUGUACAAUUAUUACGAACUCGUUCAGCUACAGAAGCAAAUUAUUUAUUGUUACAUUAUGCAUUCGAUAUAUUAGGUUACAGAAGAGUUGAAUGGUCAUGUAAUGCAUUGAAUGCUAAAUCUCGACGAGCAGCAUUACGAUUAGGUUUUCAAUAUGAAGGUACAUGGAUCAAAUCAGAUUUAUCUAAAGGUCGAUCAAGAGAUAAGUCAUGGUUUAGUAUUGUCGAUGAUGAAUGGGUACAAUUGAAACAAGAAUUUCAACGUUGGUUGAAUCCAGAGAAUUUUGAUAACAAUGGACAACAAUUAAUAAAACUUAAUGCAGCACAAAUCAAUCCACGUAGUAAUAAAAAAAAACGAAUAACAUCUAGUAGAAUAUAA